CCAAUUGUUACAUAUGGCGAUGGAAGGUUCCUAAUGUUUACAGUUUUACAGCCGUAAGAUCAUUGGGAAUCGCCAUUCCCUUUAGGGCAAGAUGCCGGAGAAAGAAGCCACAUUACCUCUAGAGUUAUGGAGAGUUGUUCUUUCGUACUUAUCGGUGGCRGAUCUUUGCCGAUGUUCGCAAGUUUGCAAAGAAUGGAGAGAGCUGGUCAAAAGUCUUGAUAGUACAAGAUGGAAGACACUGUUUCUCGCGGCAAAAAAGUGGAGACAUCCAAAUUGGCCAAAUACAACUGAAAAAGAUCCCUCUUCUUGGAAAAACACUUAUAAAGCUCACCAUAUUGCAUCACAACAAUGGAUCAAUCGAAGCAUUGACGUAAGAUGUUCUCCAUUUUUUAUCGCUUUGCGAAGAAAGCCCGAAAAGGUUAUUCUACAUGUUGGCCCCGGGAAGAAGUACUUGAGUAUUCGCGAUGCAAUGAGCGCUGCUUCGCCUUUCGAUCGAAUCGUCCUACAYCCAGGGAUUUACGACGAACAGCACUUUUUAGUCUUAAAAUUUCCAAUAGAGAUUUACGGGGAAGGAGAGAUCGGAGAUGUAGUAAUUCAGAUGACUAUUGAACAGCAAUGUUCGACGGCGCGUUURGUUAAUGUYGUAGUUCAACCUGGAACAGGAAUGUUGGUUCAAAAUUCUCCAGUUAUAUUGAAGGUCGCCACAGGUCAUAUUCAAGUCGAUAACUGUAUCUUCGAACAAGGACACAUCCAAGUGUCKUCCCCUGGCAGCGUUAGYAUUCGUUACUGUAGYUUCAAUCAUUCGUUCAUCAUYCUACGAUCUGUAGGCUUCAGUCGUGUGGAAAAUUGCGAGUUCGUCACUGACGACACUUCCGCUAUCAUCAUUGAAGGAAUUCCACCAAUCACGCGACAGAGACCCACCUCUAGACCGGUCGAAGGCUGGAUGGUCGCUAACGGGAUCGACUCUUUAGGACUCGAAGAUUUAUACGAUUUAACAUUCUCUCACAGCUCCGUUAUUUCUAAGAAUCGCCAUAAGAAAACAAGCAAAGACUCCACAAAAGAGACAGUAGGAGGCACUAAAAAAAAUAAAGGUAGCAGCGCGUUGCUAAGAGACAAUGAUAACCAAUCGAAAGGGAGCACAGGCAACCACGUUACCAUGGUAACGACAAAUGGCCACAGCUACCUUAAUUCUGUGACAGACGUUGCGCARCCCCGUAAAGGGAAGUACCAACUAGACACUCAAAGUAGAGACGUAAUUCGGUCAAUCCAUGGCUGCGURGUUAGAAAUAAUAAUUUUAAGACAUGUAAAGGAGCGGUGUUAGUACGUCGGCGCGGACACGCCUGGAUCGAGUGUAACGAAAUGGCGGGAAUCUCMUACGCUGUKCGUUGCAUGUCUGGCGCCAAAGUCGUCGUCUUGUACAACACGAUUCACAACUGUGACUCAUCAGGAAUAUUUUUCCGUGAAAGAUCUCACGGGCUCGUGGCAGGGAAUGAUAUCUUUAUGAACAAGGAAGCUGGUGUGGAUAUUCGAAGUGGUUCGGACCCCAUYCUGCAGCAYAACAGGAUACACAGUGGGAAGAGGUCUGGCGUGGUGAUAUUGGACCGCGGGAGAGGUCUGAUACGGGAUAACGAUAUCUAUGAUAACGCUGAGGCUGGAGUGUAUAUCUUAUAUCGUGGGAACCCUGUGGUCAAGCACAAUCGUAUCUGGUCAGGACAAGCCGCGGGAAUCGCCAUCACCGAAGAAGGGCGCGGCCACAUUACCCAUAACGAUAUCUGUGGAAUGGAAUGGGGUGGAGUAGACAUCAGGAAUGGUGGGAAUCCUGUGGUAUCUAAUAACUGGAUACGUGAUGGUCAGGCAGACGGGAUUGUCAUUGGUGAAGGAGGCAAGGGCAUCAUCAUGGAUAACGACAUCCUAGCCAACAGUGGGUGUGGGAUAUGGCUACUCACGAUAUCCAAGCCUGUUAUUUACGGCAACCGCAUCGGCAAGAGCGGUGAUAGCGGCAUAUCCUUUGUGAGCAGCAUUGACGUCAUCCAUGAAAACCAACAGCUGAGCUCACAGUUCAUUCAGCAAGAACAAGAUCAGGAGCAGCUGCUUCAACCUUUAUUUUACGACGAAGACUUGACGUCAUCGUCCAAUUUUGAUGACCAUGACCACACAUUAGAUUUUACAGGCCCCAGACCGGACAAGAACUACGCCACAAUAGAUAGCAAUACGAUAUACGACAAURCGGGUCACGGCAUUCACUUCUGCGCCAAUGAAGGACUCCUAAUYAGGGACAAUAAUAUCCAUAGYAACAAGGGCUGCGGUAUCAGUAUCGUAAAGCCAGCGGACAUCACCAUUCAGGACAACGGUGUGUGCAAAAACGAGGGAUCCGGCAUUAUCAUCGAYACCAAUUCUUCGGCUAGUAUCCAUGGUAACGGUAUCUAUGGAAACCAUAAACAUGGUUUACACAUCUCAGGGAAAGGAAUAAUCCGAGAAAAUGAUGUGUUUUCGAACUUAUUGUGCGGGAUCCAAAUCUGUGGUCCUGGGGAUCCGUUCGUAACGCGCAACCGCGUGCAGUCCACAAGGCAUCAUGGGAUUAGUAUYAUGGAGAACGCUCGRGGAUUYGUCGAAUGGAAUGAUAUCUAUGAAAGCAAAGUAGCUUCGCUAUAUCAACAUCCUGAAAGCACUACACACUUGUACAAUAAUAAUGUUGUUCAAAUCAAACUCGCCGAGUCCAAGGCAUUUUGUACGUACGACACGGAAUCCAAGACUUGUAAACUGGACGAGUCUGUUGACRUGGAAGGSGAACCUUCACGCCCAAGGCCGAGUAAUAUUAAUAAGUUGAACGAAAAAUCGAACAAGUUAACAUCYAUUAGUUCUUCUGGUACUACGAACAUCGUCUCUWUAUACACGGGAUGUCACGGGAGAACACGAUUUUGCGUGAUCUCGUAACUCCUUCUCUAUUUACACGAUCUGUCACGGUUUUGAUUGAUCUCAUAACUCCGUCUCUAUUUAUAUGGUCUGUCACAGGAGGACACGGUUUGCAUGAUCACGUAAUGUCCUCUCUCCUUACGCGGUCUAUCACGGGAGAACACGGUUUUGCGUGAUCACGUAAUGCCGUCUCUCCUUACACGGUCUGUCACGGUAGAACACGGUUUGCGUGAUCCCUAUGAUUGACUGUUUGUAUUAUAAACGAAAAAGAAUUCUAAUGUAGACACAUGAUGUGUGCAUCUGUCCAUGRCGCAUUGACCUCUACUACCAGACUCCCUUGCACACUUUCUUGGAAUACAAAUUUAAAUCACRAAGAAAAUUCUCGAAGGAUGUUGGUAGUGAGAGUCAAAUGACGCCAUCAGACAAACGCCCUAUUAUGGCCUGACUACACAGGUUAGUUGAUAGAAGAAAAUGUAUUUAUUGAGAAAUUUAGGUUAUAUCUUUGCAAUUUCAGGCAUGGCUUAGAUAUUUGUGCCAACUGUAAAUAUUAAAUAUGAAGAAAAGAUAAAGAUAGAGAAAAUUUCUGGUCUA